GUACGCAACCCGGAUCACCCUGGAACACACUCAGGACAAAGUCAAACCACAGGCUGUAGCUAUAUUAGAGGGUGGUUCUGUGGCUCCGAUAAGGUUCCAGUUUCCACCAUGUGUGUUGUGUACUACUACGGUGUGGCUCUGCUGGCAGUGAGCAGGGUGACCGCGGCACCGACGACUGAGCCACCGACUGAGGAGGACUGUGCUAAAAUGGUCAAACCACUCCCUGCCGACAAGCUCAACACGGUCUUCGGUGAAUGGAUUCUCAUCGAGGCGUUUUCAGAUGAUGAAGGUUAUGCCGAAAAACUGAAAAUGGGAAAAAGCUCCAAGGUGGAACUACGAGCAACAUCAAGCGACAAGAGUGUGCUUUUCAAACAGGGAAACAUGAUCGAUGACACCUGUGUUAAUUACUCCAUAAUGAAUAUGUCCAUUGUAGAGAACACCAUACAGCAGUUAAAGGAUAAUGGAAUUUCCAAGGCACACUUCCUGCAAGCCUGCCCUGACUGUCUCGUCAUGCACUUCAGUAACACCAUUACCGUAGCAGGAGUGCCCAUCCGAAUGGUCCGAUCUUUCUAUAUCUUUGGAAAGACUGGCAAACUGCAUGAAUCAGAGCUGGAGCCAAUCAGAAAACAAGCAGAGUGCCUCAAGUUCCCUCAACCUGCACAGUUCAUCUAUGAUGGCGUUGCAGAGUUUUGCCCCGAGACAAAGAAGAAUGAGACCAAAUAAAACUAAGAGCUGGAAUAUGGAAAACUGGAGCUAUAAUCAUGUUCACAGGAGAUAUUGUUAGGAGACAUAAAACUGACUGAAAUAUU